AUGGUGCUGCGCGGCCUCGUGCCGGCGAAGCAACAAAGACCGCUCGGGUCGGCAGCCACCUCGGUCCCAAUCGUCCCCGCCGCGCUUUCGUCGGAAGAGCUGGACGCCCUCGUGUCUAGAUUGGCUCAGUGGUGCAAGGAGGACGACGUCGUGGCCACCGUGCCGCCCUCCGACGCCCGCUACGGAAAGAUCAAACGACACCGCUGCCGCCGCCACCACCGACGCGGAAUGCGAGAGCAGCAGCCGCGGGGAGAGCGGAGACCGCGCCGCCGCCCCCUGGAAUGGGCGGGGGUGACGUCCUCGCUGUGCGACAUCUUGGCCGACGAGAGCGGAGGGCCAACGAGCGGCGGCGGUGGCGGCGGUGGCGGCGGCGGUGGCGAAGGUCCCGGCGGCGUGGGAACAGAAGAAGAAGGAGGUCUUCCCUCCAAGGCCCGCCGGUGCCUCCUGCGAGUCCUGCCGGUUGUUCGGGGCUUGCACAACCCGGUGGGCGCCUUGAUGAGGUUGAGAGGGGCCGGGUGUUGGGGUAGCGGUGGCGCUGCAGCUGGAGCUGUCCGGGAACGAGCGAGAGGCAGCGUCGGUGAGGCUACACGGGGUGGUGGCGUUGUCGAGGAGGAUCGCCGCCGAGAUGCGAGGCACUUUACAGCGGUUCCGGGGGCACGGGGUGAACAAGGCACAUCGUUCGAGGCCGAUCUCAUUUUGAAAAACAUCGUCCCUUCCCCCGCGUCGAACAGUCUCCUCCAGGGCCGACGACGACGACAGGAGGCACGGCGGAGGUUGACGACAAAGCGACGGCCGAGACCAAGUGAGUGGCAAGCGAAGCCGCGCUUCGCAUGGUCAACGAGGACAUCUUGCCAACGCGCUUGCGGGGGGGGAGACAACGCCCCCGGCGACGGCACCAUUGGCGACGGCACCAUCGGCGACGGCACCAUCGGCGACGGCACCAUCGGCGACGGCACCAUCGGCGACGGCGGCGGCGACAGCAGCGGCGGCAAUGGCGGCUGUGGUGGCAGCGGUGGCGGCAGUGGCGGGGGACAGACCGGGGUACCGUCCGCGGUGGUGGCGGCGGCCUUGCCCGCCCCCGCCGCUGUCAUAUUCGGGCGAGCUUCCGUCCUCGCCGAGGCGCUCUGCGCCUGGCAGCCCUUCGAGCUCACCUCCCGCCGCUGGAGGCGACCUUGCGGCCGCGGCUUGGAUGGGCAAGGCGAGGGAGUUUGGCCUCGCGCCACAGUUUUUCUCACGCUGAUGCGGUCUGCGGGGAAGAUGCCGGCAGCGUCGGCCGAAGGGCACCCCGCCGUACAACAGACCGGCGCUCCCCCUGACGUCGCUGGACCGGCCACGAGGCCGUUCCCACUGACUCUUAUGCUCGGCCACCUGGCGGACAAAGGUGGCGCAUGGCGCCGGCGGCGGCACCCGGGCGCACACGGUCAACGUCGGCCACCGCGGGGAGGAGGACGAGAGGAGACCGUGCGGAUGCCGCGCGUGCUUGACCCGGGGGUCCUACCAAACAGCGGCGCCGCUCAAGGAGACGGGCCGCCAUCAUCAUCGCCUGCCGCCGCUGAUAGAGAAUAUUCGGAGGGCCCUACCGCUUGGGUCUUUUCCUGCGGGCACGAGUUCUCGCUGGGGCACCUUCUUCAGAGCGUGGUGCCAGCGAGCGCUUCGAGCAUCCGCCAGGCCACGGCCUCCCUGCAACGCACGAAGCAGGUGGUGGCGCUGGAGUACGAGCGGGGCCGCGGCGCCGGGGCGGCGUGCCCGGAAUGCGCGGCGAAGGGGCUGGUGCAGCUGGCCGCGGCGGUGGCGGCGGCGGCGGCGGCAGCGACGGCCGCCCUCGUUGACGCGCGCAAGAGGACCGCCGUCAAGAAGUGGGCCAACGCCUACGACGACAGGACGUCAGAGUACGGAGGCUGCGACCCCGACGGCUGCAAGGCUUCCUUCACGCGCGACCGGAGCUGGAAAGACGAGUCCCGCUGGAGCUGCAGCGAGAAGCUCGAAGACGCCCAGUGCAACAUCACGUACAACUUCGAAGAGCCCCAAGACAUCGUGCGCAUCAAGAUCAACGGCGAGUUUAAGAAAAUCAUCACCUCUAGCGGAACGUCCAGCACGUACGAAACGUGGGACAUCAACACCGACGAGACGAAGUGGUUGAGCAUGGAGGCGCUGAACCUCGACGACGACGAGUGGAUCAGCAUCACCGAGGUGCGGAUAUACAACAACAGCGGCAGCAGCAGCAGGCCUCUGGCCAGAGCGCUGCUGUCCUCCUCCUCGCGAAGAGCGCCCGGCGACUCAGCAGCAGCAUUGGCUGCCGAUGCCGACGGCACAUCAGCGAAUCCAACACCGGGAGCGCCGCCGACCAGAGUAACGGUAUCAACGAGCCCGGGACUCCGCGAUUUUAUUUCCAAUGUCCAUGUGGACAGCAGCCGCACGAGCAGACCCAACAACAGCAGCAGCAGCAGCAGCAGCGAGAUGAGUUCUCCGGCUAGCUGGAACAGCGAUGACGACGUCGACCCAGCAACAGCAGUCGCCCUGGAGAGUCACAGCGCAAGGACUGCCGACGGUGGGGAUUGCGGCCUGGAGGAGAGAACUGCGGGUUCGUUUUUCAUCGAAACCUACGGUUGCCAGAUGAACGUGAGCGAUACCGAGGUGGUGCGGGCCAUUCUGUUGAAGGCCGGCUUCAGCGAGGCGGAUACCCUAGAAGAAGCAGGGGUGGUGCUGGCGAACACGUGCGCCAUUCGGGAGCGGGCCGAGGGUAAGGUGUGGGACCGACUCAAGUUCUUCUCGUCCAUCCGGCGGCGGCGGAAGCUCGCGGCGACCCACGCGGCAAAGGCUCGACAGCCUGUGCCGGGGGGGCUGAGCGACCUCAAGAUCGGCGUGCUAGGUUGCAUGGCAGAGCGGCUGAAGCUUCGUUCUACUGUUUGUUUUAUUUCUCAUUACCCGUUGAAGGAGAGUCUGCUAGAGCGAGGCGGGGUGGAUCUAGUGACCGGGCCCGAUGCCUACCGAGACCUUCCUCGCCUGCUGGAAUUGGUCGGCACUUCCGGCAGCGGGGAGAGCACGGGUGCCGUCAACGUACAGCUGUCUCAAGACGAGACGUACGCCGAUAUCGCCCCGGUGCGGCUAGUCAACAACACAUCGGAGGCGGUGUCAGCCUUCAUCAGUAUCAUGCGUGGCUGCAACAACAUGUGCACCUACUGCAUUGUGCCCUUCACGAGGGGAAGGGAGCGGAGCCGCCCCCUGGGCAGCAUCGUGGACGAGACAUAUCUAUGUAAGGAUAGUCGUUCUUUUCCCCGACCCACCCAUCCCCUCUUGCCCCUCUUUCAUGGGCUCGAUCGUUCCCCAUCCUCCCCAUCCUCGAAGGCGAUGCGCUUGCGGGACGAUGGUGUCCGAGAGGUGACCCUUCUGGGCCAGAACGUGAACAGCUACCACGACCGGUCGGAGGCUUCGACCGCCUUGUACAAGGGCACGGACUACACCACAACCGCCGGCUUCGGCAACACGUUUCGCUCCAGGGGGGGCGCCGGCGCCUACUUCGCCGAGCUGCUGGCAGAGGUAGCAUCCGCUGUCCCAGAGGUGAGGGUUCGUUUCACGUCCCCGCACCCCAAAGACUUCCCCGACGAGGUGCUGGAGGCAAUCGCCACGUUCCCCAACAUCUGCAGGCAGCUCCACCUCCCGGCGCAGAGUGGCAGCACCGUUGUGCUGUUGCCAACCUAA